UAUAUUUUGUAUUCGUUACCCUUCAUUUCAUGGCCAGUACAAGACAAGGGGCACACUUUAUGUAUUACAGGAUUACUAUAUCUCACAGAAGAAUAUUAACAAAUGUUAAAGAAGCCACAUUUAUAUCAAACAAGGAUGUGGAGAACUGUGAUAUGGAUAGGUGUGGUGAUAUGCAACGUUUCAUGUGUAAUAACACCGUCUUUAUAUCAAGAUACAUGUGAAGAUGGGUGGGUAAAGACAUCACUGCGAGGUCCGUGUGUUCUGAUUGGUUCCUCAUCAACGAUGGAAGAAGCCAGAAAAUACUGUCACCAAAACCAUGCUAAAAUUAUGUCUAAUUUGUACGGCAACCAAGUUUAUAAGUUUUUGUAUGAUAACGGUAUAAGAGCCGGUUGGAGCGCAGAGUUUGUUAAAGAUGGUAGAUUAGUUAAACAAGAUAUUAAGGAAAUGAAAACGUAUUUCGCGAAUGAGGCCAAUGAACGUGUAGAUAUAUUAAUCAACCGAGACUCGGGAUGCACGGAAUAUAAUAUAUCCUAUGUGACUACAACACAAGAGCAGCAGCCGGCUGAAGGCUCGGGUGCCAGUCCUGGCCCGAACGAGCCUAAUAUUCUCAACAUUCCCAAGAUUGAAUAUGAAUUGACAGAUUGUUCCAAGAAACAGCCAUUCGUUUGUUCUCGACAGAUUAAUACAUUUUCAGAAAUCCCAUUUGAGGAGUCAAUAGAGUCACCUGGUGGUUCGGGGACAGACAUUUCAAUUUGUCCCAACGGGUGGUUAGGGACAUAUACCCAUGAUUUCUGCUACAAGCUUUUCACCAAUGCUACAACUGGACCAAGUGCUGAUCAAUCGUGUUUAGAUGAGGAAGGUGAUCUUAUGAAAGUUGAAACGGCAGCCGAGUUAAAUUGGUCAACCAUGAUACUGAAUAGUCCGAUGUAUGCUAAAGGUAAGAAGGGUGAUCUAGUGUGGAUAAAGACAACAGAUGAACAGGGUUGUCGGGCUUUAUUGACGACCUCAAACCAAACAAUUGACUGGGAUUGUGAGAAACAGCUAGGAUAUAUUUGUUCCCGUCCUGUAAAUUAUCCAAGUAUUCCAAAGGGUCAACCGAGGCUAAGUAAUAACACAAUUCAAUCAGCUACUCUUACAUACAUUCGACCUGGUCUAAGGGAGAUAAGUGUGCCAGAGGCCGUGCUUCUAGGAAUGUCUAACGAAGGACUACUGCGUUUGAGUUGUUCACUGCCCAGUCUGAUUAGCCAACUUCAGAAACUGACUUGGGUUAAGGACGGAGCAUAUUUAGAUUCGUUCAGUUCUUCAAACACCGUCGACCUGGGCAUAUAUUAUGGUGAGUUUCGUAGGAAGUAUUCAUAUGAGUUCCGGGACGGUGACUCAGUAUAUGGUGCAUUAGGAUAUUACUGGUGUGAGGCUGUCGACUUGAAGACGAACACAAUAAAACAAUCGAGUAAAAUUCACAUCAAUAUAUUAAAUAUUAAAAUCUACACUGGCUCGAUACAAGUAAAUUCUGAAUAUAUUGAUAAAUCCAGUGCUCUUAGAUACAAUGUUUUACGAGAGUGGUCCCCCCUGGUCAGAAGCUUCAACAUUGGCUUAAACGAUAUGAAUGGAGGUGUGAACACCACAAUAAGUCGUUUCAGAUCCGGUGGUCGCUAUGUGGACUUUCAAAUGUUUUAUCAUCCAGUUAACAACCCAGAUGAACCUAAAGACGAGGAUGGUAUUUUAAAAGAAGCCAGAGAUAGACUUUUACGGCGGAUAGCAUUGGUUAGAGAGCCACUAUUUGUUGAGGGUGAAAAGGCGUUGGUUAAAUUUUCCCGAACAGAUAUUUGUCCCGAGACGACUAUAAUUAGUAAUCAUACUGGUGUGGAAGUUGAAUACAGAAUACCAGAAACAAGUCAUGGACAGACAUGGGAAACAGAUGAAAUUUGUGUUGUCGAUGGUGCUCCUAUAGGCGAAAUAAAAUGUUUAGGUCAAAGAAAAUAUGGCUCCCGCUGGAGUAAGAUGGCCUUUAAUGAAAAUUGUAAUUUUCAAGAAUCAUUUAUAUCAGAGGUUACUACCAAUCUGUCGGCGAUAGCCCAGAGUAAUUUCACAGAUAAUGUGGAGAAAAAUCUUGUAAAAGUCCAAGUUUUUACCUCUGUGCCGGAGGAAUUAACGCCACUGGAUGUGGUCUACACUACAGCCAUAUUAGAUGGUAUUUCUAAAACAGAUAAUAUUACACAACAGGACGCCAUUAAUUUCAUCAACAUUAUCAACAAUAUACAAAGUUCUAAAGAAGAAGUUUUAACAGAAGCAAAUGAGAAAGUCAACAUUUCAAACAAACUGAUUGCUAGCUUAGAUGAACUCGAACUGAGAAUUCCAACAAAUAACGACGAUGGACGUUUUAGAUUAGUAACCAAUAAAACUGUAGUAGAAAUUUGGAAUCUGGCCAAACUCAAGAGAAACCCUAUAAUUGGUCUGUCGGUAAAUGGUGACGAUUCUGAUCCGGUUGAGAUAUUUGAAAACAAUGCCCUAUCGUCGCUGUACGAAGAAAUUGAACUCAUUUACAAAACAACGGAUGUUGGGAUUCUGUUAAAUAAGCAGUUUGUUAGAAGAACAAUAGACGAGAAGAAUACAACUGAUAUACGACUAUCUAUGCAUAUAUUAAGUACCAAUAAUUUGUUUAUCAAUGAUAAAAAUGAUACAGUUAAUAGUAAAGUUAUAUCAGCUACUUUAACUAUAGAUAGAAAAACUGUUGUAAAUUUAAAUGGUUCUUUCGUCACCACAGUUUUCUUUCCACAAAAUGUUUUACAAGCUAAAUAUAGAGAGAAAUACAGUCGUUGUGUAUUUUGGGAUUUUAAUUUGAAUAAUUCUCGAGGUGGUUGGUCGAGUGAAGGUUGUCGUUAUGCGAAUACAACAGAAGGACGAGACGUCUGUGUUUGUGAUCAUUUAACAAACUUUGCUGUUCUUUUGGAUUAUUAUGGUCAAGAUUAUUUGGUACCACAUAGUCAUCAGCUGGCUCUAACUAUUAUUACCUAUGUUGGAUUAAUUCUUUCUAUUAUUGGAUUAGGAUUAACAGUUUUAACGUUCCUCUUCUUUAAAAAACUACGGGAAGGGCGACCACAACAAAUUAUGUUUAAUUUAGCAUUAGCCAUGUUGUUUUCAUGGAUCGUGUUUUUGGCGGGAAUUAAACAGACUGGUGAUCACGUGGGUUGUAUUGUUGUUGCUGUCUUGUUACAUUAUUUCAUCAUGGCGUCCUUCGUGUGGAUGUUAAUGGAAGGCAUAUUACAAUAUUUUCUGUUUGUGAAAGUCUUAGGAACCUAUGUCAGAAAUUUUAUGCUUAAGGCGACAAUUCCAGCCUGGGGUUUACCAGUUAUACCAGUUGCUAUCAUGUUAGCCAUUGAUGUAGAGCUGUAUAACGGUGGUGAAACAUAUUGUUGGAUGGGACUACAAGGAAUGUAUUAUGGUUUUGCUCUACCUCUUGGUUUGAUUAUAUUAGCUAAUAUUAUCAUCUAUAUCUUGGUCACGCGCAGUAUCUGUAGCAGAAAAAAUCUCAACACGACAGGCCUCCAACACUCAGUUACUAACAUCAGAGCCUCGUUCUGCUGUUUUAUUAUUUUAGGAUUAACCUGGAUUUUCGGAUUUCUGGCAAUAUCAGAUGCUCGUCUGGUGUUUCAGUAUAUAUUCACAGUACUCAACUCUCUACAGGGUUUCCUCAUAUUUAUCUUAUUUACUGCCAGAGAUAAGAAAGUCAGAGAUUACUGGAAACAACUUUUCUGCUGCUGCAAAACCAGGAAAACAACAUCAAAAGUUUCAAAGACCACCAGUUCUAGUAAUUCAUAUAAGGAUGAUUUCAAUUUUACUGAUAUCAGAAAAAAGACCUCAAUUACCAAUAGCGAUAUUUAACAGAUUAAAAUAUUAUAAAAUCAAAUCCACUAAGAUUAGUCAAACGAUUCAAGUGAAAUAUUAUUAAAUCCAUGAAUUCACUUAGAUAUAUACUUUUAAUCCAUGAUUUCAAUGUAAUUAUCACACCGAUCCACGAAUUCAAUAAAAAAAUAUGAUAACAAUCUAUGGGUUCAAUAUAAUUAUCACACGAUCCAUGAAUUCAGUAUUUUAUGCAUCAACACAAUUCAUGAAUUCAGUAUAUGUAUAAUUUAUCAACACAAUUCAUGAAUUCAGUAUAGGUAUAAUUUAUCAACACAAUUCAUGAAUUCACUAAAUGCAUCCUCAAAAUCGUAGAUCAAAACAAUCAAUAUGUUUGUCAUCACAAUCCAUGAGUAUUGAUGACAUUGUAAAUACAAGAAAUUUAUAAAAUCCAUGAGUAUUGUAGAAACCUGAAAAUAACAUGGUUAAUUAUUUCGAUACAGACUUAAAAAUGUAAAUUUAUGUCACUGUUAUUGAACUUGAUCUAUGU